AUGUGGAAAGCCCUAGUCAAAGGAGACUACAAUGAGUGGUAUAAGAGUAGCAGGCUCUUCAAGGCCCAUAACCUACCUAUGGACGAGACUUCCUACUCUUUAUUAGCCCACGGCUAUAUCCUCUCUCACAGGCAUAUGGCAUCUUCAGCGUUGAUGGUUUUACAAGAGAUGAAGGAGGCGGACAUGCACCCUGCGUUAGUCAAGCUGAACGAGCGAUUCAUACAUGGCUAUCUCGAGCUUCAAGACCUCGGUCUUACGCCAGAGAAGACAGCUUGGCAGACUGUCCUGAGGACUUGUUGGCAAUGUGCAGUUCGAUUGAAGCGGAAACGUCUUCAAAGGAUUAAGAAGUACCUCCAGGAGAGAGUUCAUGUUGAGGAUAUGUACCAGCUUGACCGCACCGACGUCAGAGCUCUCAUCGCUGCAGAGCACGAUCAAGCUCGACUGAUGAUAGCUGCCCAUGAAGCACAGGUGCAUGGCAAACAGGAUGUAUCAAUGUUGGAUGGUAAGGAGGUUAAGGAGAUUGCAUUGGAGAGAGCCGAGCUGCUGACACCAUCGCUGCGUGGCCGGAAGCACACCCGUCGGAGAACUCUGUCAUCUGCCACAGUGCCCAAGCACCAACCCUUCCGUGUUGAGCAUAUUCCUGAUCCUGAUUACUUCACAGAAGGACGAUUCGGUGGUGGUAGUAGUAGUGACCUUGGUGUCCAUGAGCAACUAGAGCCCGACGGAGAGGCCGAGAACAGCCUGUUCUCGGCUUUGGACUGUGAGAUCCUCCAAUACCUCAGCAAGGAGCACCUAUGA